AUUAACAAGAUUAACAAUAAAGAUGGCCAACGAGGCAAAGCCGUGUCCAUGUGACCUCGGGGACCGGAUGGAGUACCGAGGCGUUGGCCAGGAGGUCCAGAUAGAGCACAUCAAGGCCUAUGUGGUCCAGCCUCCCUCACACUCGGACAAGGCCGUCAUCGUCAUCCAGGACAUCUACGGCUGGCAGCUGCCCAACACCAGAUACAUGGCUGACAUGCUCGCCUCGAACGGAUACAUUGCCGUGUGUCCCGACUUCUACAUGGGAAAGGAGCCGUGGAGUCCAUCUGGCGACUGGUCCACCUUUCAGCAGUGGCUGGAAGAUAAGAAGCCCACCAAUAUCAACAAGGAGGUGGAUGCAGUCCUGAGGUUCCUGAAGGGCCAGUGUGGGGCCCAGCGGAUUGGAGCGGUGGGCUUCUGCUGGGGCGGAGUAGCCACUCACUACCUGGCACUGCAGUACCCCGAAGUCAGGGCAGGGGUCUCUGUCUACGGGAUUGUCAAGGAGAGGGAGGACAGGUACGAACUGAAGAGCCCCACUCUGUUUAUCUUCGGAGAGAAGGACGAGAUCAUCCCACUGGAUCAGGUGAGCGUCCUGGAGAAGAACUUGAAGGAGAAGUGUACAACUGUUGACUACCAGGUGAAGAUCUUCCCGGGCCAGACUCAUGGCUUUGUUCACCGGAAGAAGGAGGACAUAAACUCUGCAGACCAGCCCAAGAUCCAAGAGGCAAGGGCAGACAUGCUCAAUUGGUUAAAUAAGUACAUGUAAAAUAUACAGUACACUUGUAAAUCUAUGAGUGUGCCGUGGUUGGCGUACUGAUUUGAACACAGAUUUAAGUAUUAAACCCUUGAUUCAGAAGUGCAUUGUAAACAAAGCUGUUGAGUUGUUCAAAGAUUAAUUGGCAUUUGCAAUGUUUGAAGUGACUUUUGAUUUAGUACCUUUUUCUUUUUCCACAUUAUCAAACCAGACCUGAUAUUUAAAUGCCAGGUUUGAAUGUAAAUCAUAUUCAGUUGUAUGAAGAUAGAAUUUAUAUGCGUAUGAUACCUUUUCAUAUGAAUAAAGAUGUUAUGUCAUCU